CCUAGCACAGGCAAGGUUGACAGCCAGAUCAGAUCUCAGCUUGUCUUUCUCUUGCAUUCGUUGGAUAUCCACUGAGCGAAGAUGCAAAACGGCACGGAAGGAAGCAACUUCUACAUCCCCAUGUCCAACAGGACUGGGCUUGUAAGGAGUCCUUUUCUAUACCAACAGUACUACUUGGCGCCUCCAUGGCAAUACUAUUGUCUUGCUGUCUAUGUAUUCUUCCUGAUCUCUUUUGGAUUCCCCAUCAACGGUCUGACCCUGUAUGUCACAGCCACAAACAAGAAGCUAAGGCAACCCCUUAACUUCAUCCUGGUCAACUUGGCUGCAGCUGGAAUGAUCAUGGUCCUCUUUGGAUUCACCAUCACCAUCACAUCUGCUGUCAAUGGUUACUUCAUCUGGGGACCAUUGGGCUGUGCUAUUGAGGGCUUCAUGGCUACACUUGGAGGUGAGGUUGCCCUGUGGUCUCUGGUAGUGCUGGCUGUCGAGAGAUACAUUGUGGUCUGCAAGCCCAUGGGAAGCUUCACGUUCACUUCCACCCAUGCUGGUGCUGGUGUUGCAUUCACCUGGAUAGCUGCUCUGGCUUGUGCUGCUCCUCCACUUGUUGGCUGGUCCAGGUACAUCCCAGAGGGCAUGCAAUGCUCAUGUGGACCUGACUACUACACCUUAGCCGAAGGCUUCAACAAUGAAUCAUAUGUGAUCUACAUGUUUACCUGCCACUUCAUCAUCCCAGUCUGUUUGAUCGCCUUCACUUAUGGAAGCCUGGUCCUCACAGUCAAGGCGGCUGCAGCUUCCCAGCAGGACUCAGCAUCUACCCAGAAAGCUGAGAAGGAAGUGACACGUAUGUGUGUCCUGAUGGUUUGUGGUUUCAUAAUCGCCUGGACCCCCUAUGCCAGCCUUGCUGCCUACAUCUUCUUCAACAAAGGAAUUGCCUUCAGUGCCCAGUCCAUGGCUAUACCUGCCUUCUUCUCCAAGAGCUCAGCUUUGUUUAACCCCAUUAUCUAUGUUCUGAUGAACAAACAGUUCCGUGGCUGCAUGCUGGCUGCUGUAGGGAUGAAAGCAGAAGAAGAUGAGACAUCUGUGUCAGCAAGCAAGACAGAAGUUUCUUCUGUGGGACCUGCAUAGAGACUUUCCCUCAUCAUGCACUUCCUGCCCUCUGAUUUCUACCUUUGUCUAAUUCUGUACAAUACAUGGACUGUUUUUGAAGACUUCUACGAAUUGGACAUUAUGUGCUGAUUAUUUAAUUUACUCGUAGCAAUUGGACUCCAUAACAAACUCAAGAACUGCAUUUUGCUGCAUAUAUUCCUAAAAUGAACUGAUGUAAACCGUUUUUAUUAUACGUUUACUGCAGGUUGUGACAGAAUCAGGGCAGUGUACUGACAUCUAAUAAAAAAACAAUUAUUGUUCUCUUUGCUCUCACCUCAGUCAAGAGACAACUUCCCAACUGGAGGGCUAUAAUUUACGAUGGUAACAUCUAAAGGCAAGCUCAACAAUAAGACACAACCUAGUUUCUACAGUUCAUAAGGAACACGAGAUAUUACGCAAAACCUCUCUUCACUAACACUGUGUCAUUCUGCACGGUGUCACUCAAUUAAGUUGAGAUUGGAUCACAAGAUUGUAUUUUUAUGUUAUUGUGAGGAUAGCAAUUAUUUUGCUGGCAUGUGUCAUCAUUUAAUGUAAAUAUUUUAUAAAUAACAAACAAUUGUGGUACUAGAUAAAUAAAUGCAUGCAUAACAAAGA